AUGAUUUCUAAAAAUUUGCAGUGUUUCUGUUGUAAGGAAUAUGGGCAUAUUGCUGCAAAUUGUCCUAAAAAAUAUUGUUCUUAUUGCAAGAAAAAUGGUCAUAUUAUCAAAAAAUGUCGUAUCCGCCCCCAGAAUCGUCAGGCCCAAACAUUUCAGACUUUUGUUACUGUUUCUCCCGUAGCGACUUCUGUAGCACAUGACUUUUCCUCAGGUGCUUCUUCUGAUCUUGCACCACCUGCGGCAACUUAUUGCACUCCUGAAAUGGUGCAACAGAUGCAAAUUUCAGCAUUAUCUGCGAUAGGGUUUCAAGGACCAGGUAAUGGGGGAGCCGAUCGCGAAGGGACCUAAAGUGGGGCGCUUGUUUCCACUAUUUUUACCUGUUCCAGCACUUUCUCCAGUUUCUUCUAUUAAGUCUUUUGCUUGUAAUAAUGUUCCUGAUCUGAGUAUGGUG